GUUUUACGUACGGUUCUGUAGCCUAUCACAGCGCACGUUUGUCUAAGAGCGGGACGUUCCAAAGGGGAGAGGAAAGUUCUGCAAAUCCAUCUUUGUUUUCAUUUGACUCGAAGAUGUUGGUGUCCUUUUCAGAUUCACCUCUUAGUCAAAUUAACAGAUACACAUAGUUAUAAUGAACUUUUAGUGAAAAAAUAUAAAUGAACUCUAUGGGGACAUGGUAAACUCAAACACUGACUUCAAACCAAGAAUCUAAGAACAAACCAAGUUACUGUUUUAUAUAGUGAGUCAGAAGAUGGAGGAGUUGUACACCCUUGAGAGGGAGGUCGGACGAGGCAGUUACGGGGUGGUCUUCGAGGGCCACAUGGCUAAAACAGGCGAGCGGGUUGCCAUAAAACGCCUGCCCUGCAGUAGCCCAGAGUACAUCGAGCUUUACCUCCAGGAGCUGUGGGCUAUGAGAGCCACGGCCAAGAACCACCCCAAUGUCAUCGCCCUCCAUGGCUGCCUGCUGCAGACCGGACCCAAGACCCUGCAGCCCCUCAGGCCAGGCAGGCUGCCUCUGGACCUGGUGGAGAGCGCCCUAAAAGGGAGCAUGGUGGGGAUAAAGCAGAGCCAGGAGGAGAAAAGGACUAAGUCAGACUCCUCCCAGUCUAAAACUAAGAACAGAACUAACUCAGGUGGUCUCUUCAGAACCAAGAGCAGAUUGAGAACUAACUCCGAGUCAGACUUCUUCAUGUCCAAAUCCCAGGAAUCAACUAACUCUGACUUAUCCAUGUCCAAAACGCCUGUGAGGAAAAUUUCUGGCCACUCCAGGCACAGAAAGAGACCAGCCCCCACAGGAGAGAAGGAGAACCAUGGUCCCAGGCGCUGCUUGGCCCUGUGGCUGGUGAUGGAGUACUGUGAUGGGGGAGACCUGAACCACUACCUGUUGUCCAGACCUCCAGGAAGCAAGAGGAACCACAGUGUGGUCCAGCAGCUAAGCUCAGCCAUGGCCUUCCUUCACCGCCUCCGUAUCGUACACAGAGACCUUAAGCCAGACAACGUGCUUGUCUGUCUCACACCUAACGGGCCUCUCAUCAAGGUGGCUGACUUUGGCCUGAGUAAGAUGAGCGUUGAGGAGGGCCAUGGGGUGGAAGGAGACACCAGUCUGACCAGACAGCACUUCUCCUCUACGUGUGGCUCUGACUUCUACAUGGCACCAGAGGUGUGGGGUGGCCUCACCUACACAGCCCAGGCAGACAUCUUCUCCCUGGGGGUGAUGUUCUGGGCCGUCCUGGAGAGACUCACCUUCCUGGAGGAGGGCUCCACACAGGAACAACUGGGUGCGUAUGUGUGUAAGGCUCGCUGGCUGAUGCCACUGGGCGAGGCGUUGUGUGAGAACCCAGACCUCCAGUUGUGCAUCCCCAUGAAGUCCCGGCGCGCCCCCCCUCUACCGCCCCCUCCUGGCCAGGCUGUCUGCACCCUGCUACUGGACAUGCUGGCCUCAGACCCUGACGCCCGGCCCACCGCCUCCCAGCUGGAAGACAGGGUCCGCUCUGCCAUGGAGGAGGACGCACAGUGACGGGUCUGCGUCCCAAAGGAUUCCCUAUAUAGUGCACUACUUUAGACCAGGGCCCUUUAGGGUUUUAGUUAAAAGUAGUGUAUUGUUACAGGGAUAUUGGACCCUGGUCAAAGUAAGUGCCCUAGAUGGGGAAUGGGGUGCAUAUUGGGAUGCAGAGCUGGUGACAGAGCUUCUAUAUCCAAUGUGCUGAACACUCAUAUUCAGUCUUAUCUACUAGUGUGAGGGACCAUGUUGGCGUUAAACCCACAACGUUGGGUUGAUGUUGCCACCUGUCCGUACCAUGCUAACCACUGAUGCUUCUCUUCUUCUCAUCAAUAUAUUCAGUUGUAUGUGGUCCCUACAAAAAUAUAACCCACAACCUUGGUGACCCAAUGCUCUAGCCAUCUAAUGGUCAAAAGAAAUGUAUGCUGACUUGCCAGCACCAUGCACGCACCAAGUCACCAGGAACAACUACUGCUACAUAGGAACCUGGGGUUCUGUACCUAUUCUUAAAGAUGCUUUUGGGAAACCGGGCCCUAGUCUUCUGACUCUGAGGGAAGCUUACUGUUCUUUAGGCACAUCAAUAUACCUUGUGAGGUGAGUGAGGUUAGGUAGGUAGGUGAGUGGUGUUUUUGUCUUCGAUGCUACAAACAGUUUGGUUCGCUAGCCUAUAGGCCUACGUUGUGGUCAGAAAUGGUUUGCACCUAAUAUUUAUUAUUUCAUUAAUCAUGGAAUGUACUUGAAUGAUUGUAGCACUGCUUGAAGAUACCACUUGACAUAUAUAUAUAUAUAUAUACAUGUAUUAAACUGUAACAUUUUAUUUUAAGGGAAUGUGAUUUAAUAAAUACAUUUAUGGAGUUUGA